GGGAGUCUGGAGAGGAAGGUGGGCGUCGGGUCCGCUCUCCAACGCCCGGGGGCCUCACCCCCGUAUGCCCGCGGCCUGCGCAGCACCGCGGUGCGCGAGGCACUGGUGACCCCGGCUCCUGGGAGGUGGGAAUCCAAGCCAGUUCUGUGCGGAUAGGGACGGAGGGGCCCCCAGAAAGAGGGAACGCGAGAAAUGGGCGCGGCUGCACGGAGCUUGGGAACCAAGCAAGGAGGCUGGGGCCUGGGAUCUGAAGUGUAGUUGCCUAAGCUGAGAGAAAACUCAAAGGUCCGGAGUAGGCUGACGGUCGCGGCUGAAUCACCCAGCCGCCUUCAGAGCCCCCAGGCCCUUCCUGCAAAAUAAGUUGAUUCGCAGUUCCAGCUGUGAGGGUGAGCCCAGGGAGCCUGCAGGAGUUUCUUGCCAAUGAAGCCACACAGUGCACAUGUUGGAGAGCAGAUCCAGCUCCGGGCAGACCCGCCCGCCCUAGCCGGAGUUACAAGAGCCGCCUCCGCGCACAGGGGCCCGGCCACUCGGAGCUGCUCUGCCGCGGGGACUGCACCGCCCGCCCUGCCAGACCCGCCCGGAACGGGGCUCGUCGCCGCCAGUAGCCGCAGCACCGCAGCCUUGGGCCUCGCGCCGGCUAUGGCCGUGCCCUGGGGCUGAGCCCUCAGGUUGUGACCGAGAUUCCCGACGAGAGAGACUGAGGGGAAGAGAGGAAGGAGGGGCGGGCUCCUGGCAAGGCAUUCGCUCCUGAGCGGAAUCCUGCAAAGAUGGAGAAGGAGGAGGAGACAACCCGGGAGCUGCUGCUGCCCAACUGGCAGGGUAGCGGCUCCCACGGGCUGACCAUCGCCCAGAGGGACGACGGCGUCUUUGUGCAGGAGGUGACGCAGAACUCCCCUGCGGCCCGCACUGGGGUGGUCAAGGAGGGGGACCAGAUUGUGGGUGCCACCAUCUACUUUGACAACCUGCAGUCAGGUGAGGUGACCCAGCUGCUGAACACCAUGGGGCACCACACAGUGGGCCUGAAGCUGCACCGCAAGGGGGACCGCUCCCCCGAGCCUGGCCAGACCUGGACCCGUGAAGUCUUCAGCUCCCGCAGCUCUGAAGUGGUUCUGAGCGGGGAUGAUGAGGAGUACCAGCGCAUCUACGCCACGAAGAUCAAGCCACGGCUGAAGUCAGAAGACGGAGUGGAGGGAGACCUUGGAGAGACCCAGAGCCGCGCCAUCACGGUGACCAGAAGGGUCACGGCCUACACUGUGGAUGUGACCGGCCGGGAAGGAGCCAAGGACAUAGACAUCAGUAGCCCUGAAUUCAAGAUCAAGAUUCCAAGACAUGAACUGACUGAAAUCUCCAGUGUGGAUGUGGAGACCCAGUCUGGGAAGACCGUGAUCAGACUGCCCUCGGGCUCGGGGGCAGCCUCUCCAACAGGCUCUGCUGUGGAUAUCCGAGCAGGGGCCAUUUCUUCUUCAGGACCAGAGCUCCAAGGUGCUGGCCACUCGAAGGUCCAGGUCACCAUGCCUGGGAUAAAGGUGGGAGGCUCAGGUGUCAAUGUCAGUGCAAAGGGCUUGGACUUGGGUGGCAGAGGAGGGGUCCGAGUUCCAACAGUGGACAUUUCAUCUUCUCUUGGGGGUGGGGCAGUAGAGGUGCAGGGCCCAUCUCUGGAGAGCGGUGAUCAUGGCAAAAUUAAAAUUCCCACCAUGAAGGUGCCAAAAUUUAGUGUCUCGACAGGGCCUGAGGGCCAGAUACCAGAGGCAGGGCUGAGGGUUUCUGCACCUGAAGUCUCUGUGGGGCACAAGGGCGGCAAGCCAGGCUUGACUAUCCAAGCCCCUCAGCUGGAAGUCAGUGUGCCCUCUGCCAAUAUUGAGGGCCUUGAGGGGAAGCUGAAGGGCCCCCAAAUCACUGGGCCAUCACUUGAGGGUGACUUAGGCCUGAAAGGUGCCAAGCCACAGGGGCACAUUGGGGUGGACGCCUCUGCUUCCCAAAUUGGGGGUAGCAUCACUGGCCCCAGUGUGGAGGUUCAGGUGCCUGACAUUGAUGUUCAGGGGCCUGGGAGCAAACUGAAUGUGCCCAAGAUGAAAGUCCCCAGGUUCUCUGUAUCGGGUGCAAAGGGAGAGGAAACUGGGAUUGAUGUGACACUGCCUACAGGUGAAGUGACUGUUCCUGGGGUCUCUGGGGAUGUCAGCCUGCCUGAGAUUGCUACUGGUGGGCUGGAAGGAAAGAUGAAAGGUACUAAAGUCAAGACUCCUGAAAUGAUUAUUCAGAAACCUAAAAUCUCCAUGCAGGAUGUGGAUCUGAGCCUUGGGUCUCCUAAACUGAAAGGAGAUAUUAAGGUUUCUGCUCCUGGGUUGCAAGGUGAUGUUAAAGGCCCUCAAGUGGCACUUAAAGGCUGCAGAGUGGACAUAGAGACACCAAACCUAGAGGGAACCUUGACAGGCCCUAGGCUUGGCAGUCCUUCCGGGAAAACUGGAACCUGUAGGAUCUCUAUGGCAGAAGUAGACUUAAAUGUGGCCGCACCUAAAGUGAAAGGGGGUGUAGAUGUCACACUCCCCAAAGUAGAAGGGAAAGUCAAAGUCCCUGAAGUUGAUGUCAAAGGCCCCAAAGUGGAUGUCAGUGCCCCAGAUGUGGAAGUGCAUGGCCCAGAAUGGAACCUGAAAAUGCCCAAGAUGAAAAUGCCCACGUUCAGCACUCCAGGAGCCAAAGGGGAAGGUCCAGAUGUGCAUAUGACUCUACCCAAAGGAGAUGUCAGUAUUUCAGGGCCCAAGGUCAAUGUGGAAGCCCCAGAUGUCAACUUGGAGGGACUGGGGGGAAAACUUAAAGGCCCUGAUGUUAAGCUGCCUGAUGUGAGUGUCAAGACACCAAAGAUCUCCAUGCCUGAUGCAGAUUUGCACGUGAAAGGUACAAAGGUGAAGGGAGAGUAUGAUGUAACUGUACCAAAGCUUGAAGGAGAACUCAAAGGCCCGAAAGUGGACAUUGAUGCCCCAGAUGUGGAUGUUCAUGGUCCAGACUGGCACUUGAAGAUGCCCAAGAUGAAAAUGCCCAAAUUCAGUGUGCCAGGGUUCAAAGCAGAGGGCCCAGAAGUGGAUGUGAACCUGCCCAAGGCUGAUGUGGACAUUUCUGGGCCCAAGGUAGAUGUUACUGCUCCUGAUGUGAGCAUUGAGGGGCCAGAAGGGAAAUUGAAAGGGCCCAAGUUUAAGAUGCCUGAGAUGCACUUCAAGGCCCCCAAGAUCUCCAUGCCUGAUGUGGACUUACAUCUGAAAGGCCCUAACGUAAAGGGAGAAUACGAUGUCACAAUGCCGAAGGUUGAAAGUGAGAUUAAAGUUCCUGAUGUUGAACUUAAAAGUGCCAAAAUGGACAUUGAUGUCCCAGAUGUGGAGGUUCAAGGCCCAGACUGGCACCUGAAGAUGCCCAAGAUGAAAAUGCCCAAGUUCGGCAUGCCUGGCUUCAAAGCAGAGGGCCCAGAAGUGGAUGUGAACCUGCCCAAGGCUGACGUGGACAUCUCAGGACCCAAGGUGGGUGUUGAAGUUCCAGAUGUGAAUAUUGAAGGACCUGAAGGAAAGCUGAAGGGCCCCAAGUUCAAGAUGCCAGAGAUGAAUAUCAAGGCCCCCAAGAUCUCCAUGCCUGAUGUGGACUUGCAUAUGAAAGGCCCUAAAGUAAAGGGAGAAUAUGAUGUGACAGUGCCAAAGCUGGAAGGGGACCUGAAAGGCCCAAAAGUAGAUGUCAGUGCCCCAGAUGUUGAAAUGCAGGGUCCUGACUGGAACUUGAAGAUGCCAAAGAUUAAAAUGCCCAAAUUUAGCAUGCCCAGCCUCAAAGGAGAGGGGCCAGAAUUUGAUGUGAACCUGUCCAAAGCGAAUAUGGACAUUUCUGCACCAAAAGUAGAUAUUAGUGCUCCAGAUCUGAGCCUUGAAGGACCUGAAGGGAAGUUGAAAAGCCCAAAGUUUAAGAUGCCUGAGAUGCACUUCAAAGCUCCUAAGAUGUCUUUGCCAGAUGUUGACCUGGAUCUUAAAGGACCCAAAAUGAAAGGAAAUGUAGAUAUCUCUGCACCAAAGAUAGAGGGUGAAAUGCAGGUUCCAGAUGUGGACAUCAAAGGUCCCAAGGUAGACAUUAAAGCACCAGAUGUGGAAGGCCAAGGCCCAGACUGGAGCCUGAAAAUACCCAAGAUGAAAAUGCCCAAGUUCAGCAUGCCCAGCCUCAAAGGCGAGGGCCCAGAAGUGGAUGUGAACUUGCCCAAGGCUGACGUUGUUGUCUCAGGACCCAAGGUGGACAUUGAAGCCCCAGAUGUGAGCCUCGAAGGUCCAGAAGGGAAGCUGAAGGGUCCCAAGUUUAAGAUGCCUGAGAUGCAUUUCAAGACCCCCAAGAUCUCCAUGCCUGAUGUGGACUUACACUUGAAAGGCCCCAAAGUCAAAGGGGAUAUGGAUGUGCCUGUGCCCAAGGUAGAAGGUGAAAUGAAAGUGCCAGAUGUUGAAAUCAAAGGACCCAAAAUGGACAUUGAUGUCCCAGAUGUGGAGGUUCAAGGCCCAGACUGGCACCUGAAGAUGCCCAAGAUGAAAAUGCCCAAGUUCAGCAUGCCUGGCUUCAAAGCAGAGGGCCCAGAAGUGGAUGUGAAUCUGCCUAAGGCUGACAUUGAUGUCUCAGGACCCAAGGUGGAUGUUGAAGUCCCAGAUGUGAGCCUUGAGGGCCCAGAAGGAAAGUUGAAAGGGCCUAAGUUUAAGAUGCCUGAGAUGCACUUCAAGACCCCCAAGAUCUCCAUGCCUGAUGUGAACUUAAACUUGAAAGGCCCCAAAGUCAAAGGGGAUGUGGAUGUGUCUGUGCCCAAGGUAGAAGGUGAAAUGAAAGUACCAGAUGUUGAAAUCAAAGGACCCAAGAUGGACAUUGAUGCCCCAGAUGUGGAUGUUCAUGGCCCAGACUGGCACCUGAAGAUGCCCAAGAUGAAAAUGCCCAAGUUCAGCAUGUCUGGCUUCAAAGGAGAGGGCCCAGAAGUGGAUGUGAACCUGCCCAAGGCUGACCUUGAUGUCUCAGGACCCAAGGUGGACGUUGAAAUCCCAGAUGUGAGCCUUGAGGGCCCGGAAGGAAAGCUGAAGGGCCCCAAGUUUAAGAUGCCUGAGAUGCACUUCAAGGCCCCCAAGAUCUCCAUGCCUGAUGUGGACCUGAAUCUUAAGGGGCCAAAACUGAAGGGAGAUGUGGAUGUGUCCUUGCCUGAGGUAGAAGGUGAAAUGAAAGUGCCAGAUGUUGACAUUAAAGGGCCCAAAGUUGACAUUAGUGCUCCAGAUGUGGAUGUUCAUGGCCCAGAUUGGCACCUGAAGAUGCCCAAGGUGAAAAUGCCCAAGUUCAGCAUGCCCGGCUUCAAAGGAGAGGGCCCUGAAGUGGAUGUGAAGCUGCCCAAAGCUGAUGUUGAUGUCUCAGGACCCAAAGUGGAUGUUGAAGUUCCAGAUGUGAAUAUUGAAGGUCCAGACGCAAAACUAAAAGGUCCCAAAUUCAAGAUGCCAGAAAUGAGUAUAAAGCCUCAGAAGAUAUCCAUGCCAGAUGUUGGUUUGCAUUUGAAAGGUCCUAAAAUGAAAGGAGAUUAUGAUGUUACAGUUCCAAAAGUAGAAGGAGAGAUAAAAGCUCCUGAUGUUGACAUCAAAGGCCCCAAAGUUGACAUUAAUGCACCAGAUGUGGAGGUUCAUGGCCCAGACUGGCACCUGAAGAUGCCCAAGGUAAAAAUGCCCAAGUUCAGCAUGCCUGGCUUCAAAGGAGAGGGCCCAGAUGUGGAUGUGAACCUGCCCAAGGCUGACAUUGGUGUUUCAGGACCCAAGGUGGACAUUGAUGUUCCAGAUGUGAAUCUUGAAGCUCCAGAGGGGAAACUAAAAGGCCCUAAGUUCAAGAUGCCAAGCAUGAAUAUACAGACGCACAAAAUCUCUGUGCCUGAUGUUGGACUUAAUUUGAAAGCCCCUAAACUGAAAACUGAUGUAGAUGUUUCCCUUCCCAAAGUGGAAGGAGACUUGAAGCAUCCUGAAAUUGAUGUGAAAGCCCCUAAGAUGGAUGUGAAUGUUGGUGAUAUUGAUAUUGAAGGUCCAGAAGGGAAGUUGAAGGGCCCCAAGUUUAAGAUGCCUGAGAUGCAUUUCAAGGCCCCCAAGAUCUCCAUGCCCGAUGUGGACUUACACUUGAAAGACCCCAAAGUCAAAGGGGAUAUGGAUGUGUCUAUGCCCAAGGUAGAAGGUGAAAUGAAAGUGCCAGAUGUUGACAUUAAAGGGCCCAAAGUGGACAUUGAUGCCCCAGAUGUGGAGGUUCAUGGCCCAGAUUGGCACCUGAAAAUGCCCAAGAUGAAAAUGCCCAAGUUCAGCAUGCCUGGCUUCAAAGCAGAGGGCCCUGAAGUGGAUGUGAAUCUGCCAAAGGCUGACAUUGAUGUGUCUGGACCCAGUGUGGACAUUGAUGCUCCUGAUUUGGAUAUUGAGGGACCAGAAGGAAAGUUGAAAGGCUCCAAAUUUAAGAUGCCCAAGUUGAAUAUAAAAGCUCCCAAGGUCUCCAUGCCAGACGUGGACUUGAAUUUGAAGGGACCCAAACUGAAGGGAGAGAUAGAUGCUUCUGUGCCAGAACUGGAAGGUGAUCUCAGAGGGCCGCGAGUUGAUAUCAAAGGUCCUUUUGUGGAAGCGGAGGUGCCUGAUGUUGAUCUGGAGUGUCCUGAUGCAAAGUUGAAAGGGCCCAAGUUUAAGAUGCCUGAGAUGCACUUCAAGGCCCCCAAGAUCUCCAUGCCUGAUGUGGACUUACACCUGAAAGGCCGCAAAGUCAAAGGGGAUAUGGAUGUGUCUGUGCCCAAGGUAGAAGGUGAAAUGAAAGUGCCAGAUGUUGACAUCAAAGGACUCAAAAUGGACAUUGAUGCCCCAGAUGUGGAUGUUCAUGGCCCAGACUGGCACCUGAAGAUGCCCAAGAUGAAAAUGCCCAAGUUCAGCAUGCCUGGCUUCAAAGCAGAUGGCCCAGAAGUGGAUGUGAACUUGCCCAAGGCUGACAUUGAUGUCUCAGGACCCAAGGUGGACAUUGAAGUCCCAGAUGUGAGCCUUGAAGGUCCAGAAGGGAAGCUGAAGGGCCCCAAGUUUAAGAUGCCUGAGAUGCACUUCAAGACCCCCAAGAUCUCCAUGCCUGAUGUGGACUUACACUUGAAAGGCCCCAAGGUCAAAGGGGAUAUGGAUGUGUCGGUGCCAAAAUUGGAAGGAGAUUUAACAGGCCCCAGUUUGGAUGUGGAGGUGCCUGAUGUUGAGCUAGAGUGUCCUGAUGCAAAGUUGAAAGGCCCUAAAUUUAAGAUGCCAGACAUGCACUUCAAGGCCCCCAAGAUAUCCAUGUCUGAUGUGGACUUACACUUGAAAGGCCCCAAAGUCAAAGGGGAUGUGGAUGUGUCUUUGCCGAAGUUGGAGGGAGAUUUAACAGGCCCCAGUGUGGAUGUGGAGGUGCCUGAUGUUGAGCUGGAGUGUCCUGAUGCAAAGUUGAAAGGGCCCAAGUUUAAGAUGCCUGACAUGCACUUCAAGACCCCCAAGAUCUCCAUGCCUGAUGUGGACUUACACUUGAAAGGCCCCAAAGUCAAAGGGGAUGCGGAUGUGUCUUUGCCAAAAUUGGAGGGAGAUUUAACAGGCCCCAGUGUGGAUGUGGAGGUGCCUGAUGUUGAGCUGGAGUGUCCUGAUGCAAAGUUGAAAGGGCCCAAGUUUAAGAUGCCUGAGAUGCACUUCAAGGCCCCCAAGAUCUCCAUGCCUGACGUGGACUUACACUUGAAAGGCCCCAAAGUCAAAGGGGAUGCGGAUGUUUCUUUGCCAAAAUUGGAGGGAGAUUUAACAGGCCCCAGUGUGGAUGUGGGGGUGCCUGAUGUUGAGCUGGAGUGUCCUGAUGCAAAGUUGAAAGGGCCUAAGUUUAAGAUGCCUGAGAUGCACUUCAAGACGCCCAAGAUCUCCAUGCCUGAUGUGAACUUAAACUUGAAAGGCCCCAAAGUCAAAGGGGAUGUGGAUGUGUCUGUGCCCAAAAUAGAAGGUGAAAUGAAAGUACCAGAUGUUGACAUCAAAGGGCCCAAAGUGGACAUUGAUGCCCCAGAUGUGGAUGUUCAUGGCCCAGACUGGCACCUGAAGAUGCCUAAGAUGAAAAUGCCCAAGUUCGGCAUGCCUGGCUUCAAAGCAGAGGGCCCAGAAGUGGAUGUGAACUUGCCCAAGGCUGACGUUGAUGUCUCAGGACCCAAGGUGGAUGUUGAAGUCCCAGAUGUGAGCCUUGAAGGUCCAGAAGGGAAGCUGAAGGGCCCCAAGUUUAAGAUGCCUGAGAUGCACUUCAAGACCCCCAAGAUCUCCAUGCCUGAUGUUGAUUUCAAUUUAAAGGGACCCAAAAUCAAAGGAGAUGUUGAUAUCUCUGCCCCAAAGCUGGAGGGAGAGUUAAAAGGUCCAGAAUUGGAUGUCAAAGGUCCCAAAUUAGAUGCUGAUAUGCCAGAAGUAGCUGUGGAAGGCCCAAAUGGCAAGUGGAAAACUCCUAAGUUCAAGAUGCCAGAUAUGCACUUUAAAGCUCCCAAAAUCUCUAUGCCAGACCUCGAUCUACACUUGAAGAGCCCCAAGGCAAAAGGAGAGGUGGAUGUAGAUGUUCCCAAAUUGGAAGGGGACCUUAAAGGGCCACAUGUGGAUGUCAGUGGGCCAGACAUUGACAUUGAGGGACCAGAGGGCAAAUUGAAAGGCCCUAAGUUCAAGAUGCCUGAUAUGCAUUUCAAAGCCCCCAAUAUUUCUAUGCCUGAUGUUGACCUAAAUUUCAAAGGACCAAAAAUCAAGGGGGAUGUAGAUGUGUCUGUGCCUGAGGUAGAAGGUAAAAUUGAAGUACCAGAUAUGAACAUCAAGGGCCCCAAAGUUGAUGUAAAUGCCCCCGAUGUCCAAGGUCCAGACUGGCACCUGAAGAUGCCCAAGAUGAAAAUGCCCAAGUUCAACAUGCCUGGCUUCAAAGCAGAGAGCCCUGAAGUAGAUGUCAACUUGCCCAAGGCUGACGUUGACAUCUCAGGACCCAAGGUGGACAUUGAAGGCCCUGAUGUUAAUAUUGAAGGACCAGAGGGAAAGUUGAAAGGGCCUAAGUUCAAGAUGCCAGAGAUGAACAUCAAAGCCCCCAAGAUCUCCAUGCCUGACUUUGAUUUGCAUCUGAAAGGUCCCAAGGUGAAGGGCGAUGUGGAUGUUUCUCUGCCCAAAGUGGAAAGUGACCUCAAGGGCCCCGAAGUUGACAUCAAGGGGCCCAAAGUGGAUAUUAAUGCCCCAGAUGUGGGUGUUCAAGGCCCAGACUGGCACCUGAAGAUGCCCAAGAUGAAAAUGCCAAAGUUCAGCAUGCCUGGCUUCAAAGGAGAUGGCCCAGAUGUGGAUGUGAAGCUGCCCAAGGCUGACAUUGAUGUCUCAGGACCCAAAGUGGACAUUGAAGGCCCUGAUGUUAACAUUGAAGGACCAGAGGGAAAGUUGAAAGGGCCUAAGUUCAAGAUGCCAGAGAUGAACAUCAAAGCCCCCAAGAUCUCCAUGCCUGAUAUUGACUUAAACCUGAAAGGACCCAAAGUAAAGGGUGAUGUGGAUGUUUCCCUUCCUAAAGUGGAAGGUGACCUCAAGGGCCCAGAGGUUGACAUCAAGGGCCCAAAAGUGGACAUUGACGCACCUGAUGUUGAUGUUCAUGGCCCAGACUGGCACCUAAAGAUGCCCAAGAUAAAAAUGCCCAAGAUCAGCAUGCCUGGCUUCAAAGGAGAAGGUCCAGAUGUGGAUGUGAACCUGCCCAAGGCUGACCUUGAUGUCUCAGGACCGAAAGUGGAUGUUGAAUGUCCCGAUGUGAAUAUCGAAGGACCUGAAGGAAAGUGGAAAAGUCCAAAAUUUAAGAUGCCAGAGAUGCAUUUUAAGACUCCAAAGAUAUCCAUGCCAGAUAUUGACCUGAAUCUCACAGGUCCAAAAAUAAAAGGAGAUGUGGAUGUUACAGGCCCUAAGGUAGAGGGAGAUCUGAAAGGUCCUGAAGUUGACCUCAAAGGCCCCAAAGUGGACAUUGAUGUCCCAGAUGUUAAUGUUCAGGGUCCAGACUGGCACCUGAAGAUGCCCAAGAUGAAAAUGCCCAAGUUCAGCAUGCCUGGCUUCAAAGCAGAGGGCCCUGAAGUGGAUAUAAACCUGCCCAAGGCUGAUGUUGAUGUCUCAGGCCCCAAAGUGGACAUUGAAGGCCCUGAUGUUAACAUUGAAGGACCAGAGGGAAAGUUGAAAGGGCCUAAGUUCAAGAUGCCAGAGAUGAACAUCAAAGCCCCCAAGAUCUCCAUGCCUGACUUUGAUUUGCAUCUGAAAGGUCCCAAGGUGAAGGGCGAUGUGGAUGUUUCUCUGCCCAAAGUGGAAAGUGACCUCAAGGGCCCCGAAGUUGACAUCAAGGGGCCCAAAGUGGACAUCGAUGUCCCGGAUGUGGACGUUCAAGGCCCAGACUGGCACCUAAAAAUGCCCAAAGUGAAAAUGCCCAAGUUCAGCAUGCCUGGCUUCAAAGGAGAGGGCCCAGAUGUGGAUGUGAAACUGCCCAAGGCUGACCUUGAUGUCUCAGGACCCAAGGUGGACAUUGAUGUUCCAGAUGUGAAUAUCGAAGGUCCAGAGGGAAAGUUGAAAGUUCCCAAGUUCAAGAUGCCUGAGAUGAACAUCAAAGCCCCCAAGAUCUCCAUGCCUGACAUUGAUCUUAACCUGAAAGGUCCCAAAGUGAAGAGUGACAUGGAUGUGUCUCUGCCAAAAGUGGAAGGUGACAUGAAAGUUCCUGACGUGGAUAUUAAUGCCCCAGAUGUGGAUGUUCAAGGCCCAGACUGGCACCUGAAGAUGCCUAAGAUAAAAAUGCCCAAGAUCAGCAUGCCUGGCUUCAAAGGAGAAGGUCCAGAAGUGGAUGUGAACCUGCCCAAGGCUGACCUUGACGUCUCAGGACCCAAGGUGGACAUUGAUGUUCCAGAUGUGAAUAUUGAAGGUCCAGAUGCGAAACUGAAGGGCCCUAAAUUCAAGAUGCCAGAGAUGAACAUCAAAGCUCCUAAAAUAUCAAUGCCUGAUUUGGACCUCAAUCUUAAAGGCCCUAAAAUGAAAGGAGAGGUGGAUGUUUCACUUCCAAAUGUAGAAGGUGAUUUGAAAGGACCUGCUCUUGACAUAAAAGGCCCAAAGAUAGAUGUAGAUGCUCCAGAUAUUGACAUUCAUGGCCCAGAUUCCAAAUUAAAAGGUCCAAAACUGAAGAUGCCUGACAUGCAUGUAAACAUGCCCAAGAUCUCCAUGCCAGAAAUUGACUUGAAUUUGAAAGGCUCAAAGCUUAAGGGAGAUGUUGAUGUCUCUGGGCCCAAGUUGGAAGGUGACAUUAAAGCUCCCAGUUUGGAUAUAAAGGGACCAGAAGUGGACGUUUCCGGUCCUAAGCUUAAUAUUGAAGGCAAGUCAAAGAAAUCUCGUUUUAAGCUUCCCAAAUUUAAUUUUUCGGGCUCCAAAGUUCAGACACCUGAAGUGGAUGUCAAAGGUAAAAAGCCAGAUAUUGACAUAACAGGUCCGAAAGUUGAUAUUAAUGCUCCUGAUGUCGAGGUCCAAGGAAAAGUGAAAGGAUCCAAGUUUAAAAUGCCUUUCCUGAGUAUUUCAUCUCCCAAAGUUUCUAUGCCUGAUGUGGAGCUAAAUUUGAAAGGUCCCAAAGUCAAAGGAGACUUAGAUAUUGCAAGUCCCAAUUUAGAAGGUGACUUUAAAGGCCCCAAAGUGGAUAUUAAGGCACCAGAAGUCAAUCUUAAUGCACCUGAUGUGGAUGUUCAUGGUCCAGACUGGAAUCUGAAAAUGCCCAAGAUGAAAAUGCCCAAAUUCAGUGUGCCUGGCCUAAAAGCAGAAGGGCCAGAUGUAGCUGUGGAUCUACCAAAAGGAGACAUCAACAUAGAGGGCCCAAGUAUGAACAUUGAGGGCCCAGAUCUCAAUGUGGAAGGUCCAGAGGGAGACUUGAAAGGUCCCAAAUUCAAGAUGCCUGACAUGAAUAUCAAAGCUCCCAAGAUCUCCAUGCCUGACAUUGACUUAAACUUGAAGGGCCCCAAGGUGAAAGGUGACGUGGAUAUUUCUCUUCCCAAACUUGAAGGGGAACUGAAAGGGCCAGAGGUUGAUAUCAAAGGCCCUAAAGUGGACAUCAGUGCCCCAGAUGUGGAUGUUCAUGCUCCAGACUGGCAUCUGAAGAUGCCCAAAGUGAAAAUGCCCAAGUUCAGCAUGCCCGGCUUCAAAGGAGAGGGCCCUGAAGUCGAUGUUACCCUUCCUAAAGCUGACAUUGACAUUUCUGGUCCCAGUGUAGACGUUGAUGUUCCAGAUGUGAAUAUUGAAGGUCCAGAUGCAAAGCUGAAGGGCCCCAAGUUCAAGAUGCCUGAGAUGAACAUCAAAGCUCCCAAGAUCUCCAUGCCUGACUUUGACCUGAACUUGAAGGGACCCAAAAUGAAGGGUGAUGUGGAUGUGUCUUUGCCCAAAGUGGAAGGUGAUCUAAAAGGCCCUGAGGUGGACAUCAAGGGCCCCAAAGUGGACAUUGACACUCCUGACCUUAACAUUGAAGGCCCAGAGGGUAAAUUGAAGGGACCUAAAUUUAAGAUACCAGAGAUGCACCUGAAGGCUCCCAAAAUAUCGAUGCCUGACAUUGAUUUAAACCUGAAGGGCCCCAAAGUCAAGGGCGAUAUGGAUGUUUCUCUGCCCAAAGUGGAAGGUGACCUUAAGGGCCCUGAAGUUGACAUCAAGGGCCCCAAAGUGGACAUUAAUGCUCCAGAUGUUGAUGUUCAAGGCCCAGACUGGCACCUAAAAAUGCCCAAAGUGAAAAUGCCCAAGUUCAGCAUGCCUGGCUUCAAAGGAGAGGGCCCAGAUGUGGAUGUGAAACUGCCCAAGGCUGACCUUGAUGUCUCAGGACCCAAGGUGGACAUUGAUGUUCCAGAUGUGAAUAUCGAAGGUCCAGAGGGAAAGUUGAAAGGUCCCAAGUUCAAGAUGCCUGAGAUGAACAUCAAAGCCCCCAAGAUCUCCAUGCCUGACAUUGAUCUUAACCUGAAAGGUCCCAAAGUGAAGAGUGACAUGGAUGUGUCUCUGCCAAAAGUGGAAGGUGACAUGAAAGUUCCUGACGUGGAUAUUAAAGGCCCCAAAGUGGAUAUUAAUGCCCCAGAUGUGGAUGUUCGAGGCCCAGACUGGCACCUGAAGAUGCCUAAGAUAAAAAUGCCCAAGAUCAGCAUGCCUGGCUUCAAAGGAGAAGGUCCAGAAGUGGAUGUGAACCUGCCCAAGGCUGACCUUGAUGUCUCAGGACCCAAGGUGGACGUUGAUGUUCCAGAUGUGAAUAUCGAAGGUCCAGAUGCGAAACUGAAGGGCCCUAAAUUCAAGAUGCCAGAGAUGAACAUCAAAGCCCCCAAGAUCUCCAUGCCUGACUUUGAUUUGCAUCUGAAAGGCCCUAAGGUGAAAGGAGAUGUGGAUGUUUCUCUGCCUAAGAUGGAAGGUGAUCUAAAGGCCCCAGAAGUUGACAUCAAGGGCCCCAAAGUGGACAUUGAUGCCCCAGAUGUGGAUGUUCAUGGCCCAGACUGGCACCUGAAGAUGCCCAAGGUGAAAAUGCCCAAAUUCAGCAUGCCGGGAUUUAAAGGAGAGGGCCCAGAAGUGGAUGUUAAUUUGCCCAAAGCUGACAUUGAUGUCUCAGGACCCAAAGUGGACAUUGACACUGCUGAUAUUGAUAUUCAUGGUCCAGAAGGGAAACUGAAGGGCCCCAAAUUUAAAAUGCCUGACCUGCACCUCAAGGCACCAAAGAUCUCUAUGCCUGAAGUUGACCUGAAUCUGAAAGGUCCAAAGGUGAAGGGCGACGUGGACGUUUCUCUGCCCAAAGUGGAAGGUGACCUCAAGGGCCCUGAAGUUGACAUCAAGGGCCCCAAAGUGGACAUUGAUGUCCCAGAUGUGGACGUUCAAGGCCCAGACUGGCACUUAAAAAUGCCCAAAGUGAAAAUGCCCAAGUUCAGCAUGCCUGGUUUUAAAGGAGAGGGCCCAGAAGUGGAUGUGAACCUGCCCAAGGCUGACAUUGAUGUCUCAGGACCCAAGGUGGACAUUGAUGUUCCAGAUGUGCAUAUCGAAGGUCCAGAUGGGAAACUGAAGGGCCCUAAAUUCAAGAUGCCUGAGAUGAACAUCAAAGCCCCCAAGAUCUCCAUGCCUGACUUUGAUUUGCAUCUGAAAGGACCCAAAGUGAAGGGCGAUGUGGAUGUUUCCCUUCCUAAAGUGGAAGGUGACCUCAAGGGCCCAGAAAUUGACAUCAAGGGCCCCAAAGUGGACAUCAACGCCCCUGAUGUGGAUGUUCAUGGCCCAGACUGGCACCUGAAGAUGCCCAAGGUGAAAAUGCCCAAAUUCAGCAUGCCAGGAUUCAAAGGAGAGGGCCCAGAUGUGGAUGUUACCCUUCCUAAGGCUGACAUUGACAUUUCUGGCCCCAAAGUGGACAUUGAUGCCCCUGAUGUCAGUAUUGAAGGUCCAGAUGCAAAACUGAAGGGUCCGAAGUUCAAGAUGCCAGAGAUGAACAUCAAGGCCCCCAAAAUCUCCAUGCCUGACAUUGACUUUAACUUGAAGGGUCCCAAAGUGAAGGGUGAUGUGGAUGUCUCUCUGCCCAAAGUGGAAGGUGAUCUCAAGGGCCCUGAAAUUGACAUAAAAGGGCCCAGUUUGGACAUUGACACGCCUGAUGUCAAUAUUGAAGGUCCAGAAGGAAAAUUGAAGGGGCCCAAAUUUAAGAUGCCUGAGAUGAACAUCAAAGCUCCCAAGAUCUCCAUGCCUGACUUUGAUUUGCACCUGAAAGGUCCCAAGGUGAAGGGUGAUGUGGAUGUUUCACUACCUAAGGUGGAAGGUGAUCUGAAAGGGCCAGAGGUAGACAUUGAAGGUCCUGAAGGGAAGCUCAAAGGUCCCAAGUUUAAGAUGCCUGAUGUUCAUUUCAAAACCCCACAAAUCUCCAUGAGUGACAUUGAUUUGAAUUUGAAAGGACCUAAGAUAAAAGGAGAUAUGGACAUUUCCGUUCCUAAACUGGAGGGAGAUCUGAAAGGUCCCAAAGUGGAUGUCAAAGGCCCUAAAGUGGACAUUGACACUCCUGAUAUUGACAUUCAUGGUCCAGAAGGGAAACUGAAGGGCCCCAAAUUUAAAAUGCCUGACUUACACCUCAAGGCACCGAAGAUCUCUAUGCCUGAAGUUGACCUGAAUCUGAAAGGUCCAAAGGUGAAGGGCGACAUGGACGUUUCUCUGCCCAAAGUGGAAGGCGACCUCAAGGGCCCCGAAGUUGACAUCAAGGGCCCCAAAGUGGACAUUGAUGUCCCAGAUGUGGACGUUCAAGGCACAGACUGGCACCUGAAGAUGCCCAAAGUGAAAAUGCCCAAGUUCAGCAUGCCUGGCUUCAAAGGAGAGGGCCCAGAAGUGGAUGUGAACCUGCCCAAGGCUGACAUUGAUGUCUCAGGACCCAAGGUGGACAUUGAUGUUCCAGAUGUGAAUAUCGAAGGUCCAGAUGCGAAACUAAAGAGCCCCAAGUUCAAGAUGCCUGAGAUGAAUAUCAAAGCCCCCAAGAUCUCCAUGCCUGACAUUGACUUAAACUUGAAAGGACCCAAAGUGAAGGGCGAUGUGGAUGUUUCCCUUCCUAAAGUGGAAGGUGACCUCAAGGGCCCAGAAGUUGACAUCAAGGGCCCAAAAGUGGACAUCAACGCCCCUGAUGUGGAUGUUCAUGGCCCAGACUGGCACCUGAAGAUGCCCAAGGUGAAAAUGCCCAAAUUCAGCAUGCCUGGCUUCAAAGGAGAAGGUCCAGAUGUGGAUGUGAGCCUGCCCAAGGCCGACAUCGAUGUCUCGGGACCCAGGGUGGACGUUGAUGUUCCAGAUGUGAAUAUCGAAGGUCCAGAUGCAAAACUGAAGGGCCCCAAGUUCAAGAUGCCUGAAAUAAAUAUCAAAGCUCCCAAGAUCUCCAUGCCUGAUGUUGACCUGGAUUUGAAAGGACCCAAAGUAAAAGGAAAUUUUGAUGUGUCUGUCCCUAAGGUUGAAGGGACUUUGAAAGGGCCAGAAGUAGACCUUAAAGGUCCAAGUCUGGAUUUCGAAGGCCCUGAUGCCAAACUCAGUGGCCCAUCUUUGAAGAUGCCAUCGCUGGAGAUAUCUGCUCCUAAAGUAACUGCUCCUGAUGUUGAUUUGCAUCUCAAGGCACCAAAAAUUGGAUUUUCAGGUCCGAAGUUAGAAAGUGGUGAAGUGGACCUCAAGGGACCCAAAGUUGAAGCUCCAAGCUUAGAUGUACACAUGGACAGCCCAAAUAUUAACAUUGAAGGGCCAGAUAUUAAAAUCCCCAAAUUUAAGAAACCCAAGUUUGGAUUUGGGGCAAAAAGCCCCAAAGCUGACAUCAAGUCACCUUCACUAGAUGUCACUGUUCCUGAGGCAGAGCUGAACCUUGAGACUCCUGAAAUUAGUGUUGGUGGCAAGGGCAAGAAAAGUAAGUUUAAAAUGCCUAAAAUUCAUAUGAGUGGUCCUAAAAUUAAGGCCAAAAAACAGGGAUUUGACUUGAAUGUUCCUGGGGGUGAAAUUGAUGCCAGUCUCAAGGCUCCGGAUGUAGAUGUCAACAUCGCAGGGCCGGAUGCUGCACCCAGAGUUGACGUGAAAUCGCCCAAAACCAAGAAAACGAUGUUUGGAAAAAUGUACUUCCCAGAUGUAGAGUUUGACAUUAAAUCACCUAAAUUUAAAGCUGAGGCCCCUCUCCCUAGCCCCAAAUUGGAGGGUGAACUCCAGGCACCUGAUCUGGAACUUUCUUCGCCAGGGAUUCACGUCCAAGGUCUUGACAUCAAGGCGAAGGCUCCCAAGGUCAAGAUGCCAGAUGUGGACAUCUCAGUGCCAAAAAUAGAGGGUGACCUGAAAGGUCCCAAAGUGCAGGCAAACUUGGGUGCACCUGACAUCAACAUCGAAGACCUAGAUGCUAAAGUCAAAACACCGUCCUUUGGCAUUUCUGCCCCUCAAGUCUCCAUCCCUGAUGUGAAUGUAAACUUGAAAGGACCAAAGAUAAAGGGUGAUGUCCCCAGCGUGGGACUGGAAGGACCAGAUGUAGAUCUGCAAGGUCCGGAAGCAAAAAUUAAGUUCCCCAAGUUUUCCAUGCCCAAGAUCGGCAUCCCAGGUGUGAAAAUGGAGGGUGGGGGAGCUGAGGUCCAUGCGCAGCUACCCUCUCUUGAAGGAGACUUGAGAGGACCAGAUGUUAAGCUCGAAGGGCCCGAUGUUUCUCUAAAGGGGCCAGGAGUAGACUUGCCUUCAGUGAACCUCUCUAUGCCAAAAGUCUCUGGGCCUGACCUUGAUCUGAACUUGAAAGGACCAAGUUUGAAGGGAGACCUGGAUGCAUCUGUUCCCAGCAUGAAGGUGCAUGCUCCAGGGCUCGACCUCAGCGGUGUCGGUGGCAAAAUGCAGGUGGGAGGAGACGGUGUGAAAGUGCCAGGGAUCGAUGCCACAACAAAGCUUAAUGUUGGGGCACCAGAUGUGACACUGAGGGGACCAAGCCUGCAGGGAGAUCUGGCUGUCUCUGGUGACAUCAAAUGCCCUAAAGUAUCCAUAGGAGCUCCUGAUCUAAGCUUGGAGGCAUCUGAAGGCAGCAUUAAACUUCCCAAAAUGAAGCUGCCCCAAUUUGGCAUCUCUACUCCGGGGUCCGACUUGCACGUUAAUGCCAAGGGGCCACAGGUUUCUGGCGAACUGAUGGGGCCAGGUGUGGAUGUGAACCUGAAAGGGCCUCAGCUUUCAGCACCGAAUGUGGACUUUAACUUGGAAGGACCAAAAGUGAAAGGGAGCCUUGGGGCCACUGGUGAGAUCAAAGGCCCCACUGUCGGAGGAGGUCUUCCAGGCAUCAGUGUUCAAGGCCUAGAAGGAAACCUCCAGAUGCCUGGAAUUAAGUCCUCUGGAUGUGAUGUGAACCUGCCAGGCGUGAAUGUGAAACUCCCAACUGGGCAGAUUUCUGGUCCUGAAAGCAAAGGUGGUCUGAAAGGUUCAGAAGUAGGUUUCCAUGGGGCUGCUCCUGAUAUCAGUGUGAAGGGGCCUUCCUUUAAUAUGGCAUCUCCUGAGUCAGAUUUUGGCAUCAACUUGAAGGGCCCAAAAAUCAAAGGAGGUGUGGAUGUUGCAGGGGGUGUCAGUGCCCCAGACAUCAGCCUCGGUGAAGGGCAUGUGAGUGUUAAAAGUUCCGGGGGUGAGUGGAAGGGACCCCAAGUCUCCUCUGCUCUCAACUUGGACACAUCUAAGUUUGCUGGGGGCCUUCAUUUCUCAGGACCAAAGGUGGAAGGAGGUGUGAAAGGAGGUCAGAUUGGACUCCAGGCUCCUGGGCUGAGUGUGUCUGGGCCUCAAGGUCACUUGGAAAGUGGAUCUGGAAAAGUAACAUUCCCUAAAAUGAAGAUCCCCAAAUUUACCUUCUCUGGCCGUGAGCUGGUUGGCAGAGAAGUGGGGGUGGAUGUUCACUUCCCUAAAGCAGAGGCCAGCAUCCAAGCUGGUGCCGGAGACGGUGAGUGGGAAGAGUCUGAAGUCAAACUGAAAAAGUCCAAGAUCAAAAUGCCCAAGUUUAAUUUUUCCAAACCUAAAGGGAAAGGUGGUGUCACUGGCUCACCAGAAGCAUCCAUUUCUGGGUCCAAAGGUGACCUGAAAAGUUCAAAGGCCAGCCUGGGCUCUCUGGAAGGAGAGGCAGAGGCCGAAGCCUCUUCACCGAAAGGCAAAUUCUCCUUAUUUAAAAGUAAGAAGCCACGGCACCGCUCAAAUUCAUUCAGUGAUGAAAGAGAGUUCUCUGGACCUUCCACCCCGACGGGGACUCUGGAGUUUGAAGGUGGGGAAGUGUCGCUGGAAGGUGGGAAAGUUAAAGGGAAACACGGGAAGCUGAAAUUCGGUACCUUUGGUGGAUUGGGGUCAAAGAGCAAAGGUCAUUAUGAGGUGACUGGGAGCGAUGAUGAGACAGGCAAGUUACAAGGGAGUGGGGUGUCCCUGGCCUCUAAGAAGUCCCGACUGUCCUCCUCUUCUAGCAAUGACAGUGGGAAUAAGGUUGGCAUCCAGCUUCCCGAGGUGGAGCUGUCAGUUUCCACAAAAAAAGAGUAGCAGGCCUUUGUAUGUGUGUACAUAUAUAUAUAUAUAUAACAAAACAUCAGCCUUGGGUGUGUUCCUAUAUAAACUCCAAAGGGAAACACACCGACUGCCUCAGCAAUCAUGCAAAGACCUUGCCUGGCCCAGUGGCAAGCGCUGAAAAACCGACCGCUUGUAGGCUCCUGGAACUAUACAGAUAGGUAAAGAGUUCCAAGUUCGUCCAGCCCAUGUGCAAAGUCAACAGUAUUUGCCUUAAGAUUUCAUAUAUAUAUGUUUUUUUGCAUUGACUGCUGAGAGCUCCUGUUUACUAAGCAAGCUUUUGUGUUUAUUAUCCUCAUUUUUACUGAACAUUGUUAGUUUUGGGGUAAUGGAAACCCACUUUUUCAUUGUAAUGACUUUGGGGGCUUUUGUUAGUAAGGGUGGGUGGGGUGAUGGGUUGCAGACGGAGGUCAGGUCUUCCUCUUUCCUGAGACUGGAUCUGUUCAAACAGCAGACACCCACAGAUGGCCCAGAGGUGGUGGUAGUCAGGGUGUGUGGGUGUUUUUAGGGUUCUUUAGUGUUGCUUCUUUCACCCAGGGGUGGGUGGUCCCAGCCAGUUUGGUGCUGACGGUGAGAGGAAAUUAGAAUCUGUUUGCAAAUUGUCCAACUCACCCCCUCAACGUGAGGGGCUUCCAUUUUCUGUGUUUUGUAAGGGAACUGUUUCCUUCAUGCCACCAUGUUCCUGAUAUUAGUUCUGAUUUCUUUUUAACAAAUGUUAUCAUGAUUAAGAAAAUUUCCAGCACUUUAAUGGCCAAUUAACUGAGAAUGUAAGAAAAUUGAUGCUGUACAAGGCAAAUAAAGCUGUUUAUUAACCUUGA